UGUAGUGGUUGAGAGCACGGGCUCCGCGCUGCAACGGUGCAUGCUGGAACUUGUAGUCUUCAAUGCUGUCUGGUCGCUCUGAUUUAAUAAAUGUGCUUAAACAGAAUUCCAAGUCAUUGGGGAUACACUUGACCUUCGUUAUUCACAGGUUGGUAUUUUCGAAUUCGCUUGCUUGUUUAAAUUUACUGUAACCCCAAAAGUCAAUAUUCGCGGUGCUUUCUGGGGUUAUUCGCGGACAUGCGCAGAGGGUGAAACUUGAGUCAACCCGCGGUGCGGUGUACUUGCUGAGGUUGAACAAGGCAGACGCAAUGGGCUUUCUUGCUUCAUCUCUCAUGCUCUAAAUAAUUGUCCUUCUCGCAGUCUAUUUAGGGGCACGUUUUUUGCAUUUUUUGUGCUUUUUGGUGGUGAUUUCGCUGUUUAAAAUGACCCCCAAGCGUAGGAGUGAAGUGUUGCCUAGUGCUCCUAAGCGCAAGAAGGCUGUGAUGUGCCUUAUGGAGAAAAUGCGUGUGUUAGACAAACUUCGUUCAGGCAUGAGUUGUAGUGCUGUUGGCCGUGAGUUCGACGUUAAUGAAUCAACAAUCCGGUACAUCAAAAAAAAGGAAAAGGAAAUUCGCCGAUCUGUACGUGAGGCUUCUCCGGAAAGUGCUAAAGUAACGUCUAUAGUGCGUGAGGAAGCAAUGGAAAAGAUGGAAAAGCGGCUGAAUUUAUGGAUUCAUGAGAUGACCAACGAUAAAAAAGGUGUGGUGGACAGCAUUGUCGUGAGGCUGAAAGCCAAAGAAAUUUAUGGCCAUGUUACCCAGGGCCAGAAAAAUGUUAAACCUUUCUCCGCUAGCGCUGGCUGGCUUGCACGUUUCAAAAGGCGGUAUGGUGUGAACAAUGUUAAACUUGCGGGUGAGGCAAAUUCUGCAGAUCAGGACGCUGCGGAAGGAUUUAAAAAAUACUUGCUGAAUGUUAUACAGGAGAAAGGAUAUGUGGAAGAGCAGGUUUUCAACGCUGAUGAGACUGGCUUAUUUUACAAGGACGUUGGCAAAAGAACCUAUAUAACGCGAAUGGCCUGCAAAGCCCCUGGCUUUAAAUCAUUCCAAGACUAUGCAACCUUGCUAUUGUGUACCAAUGCCAAGGGCGACUUCAAGUGCAAACCCCUAAUGGUAUACAGAGCCCAGAAUCCACCAGCACUUACAGGGAAAAGUGUGAACCAUAUGCCGGUCCAUUGGAAGUGGAACAAAAAAGCGUGGAUGACAUCCGAUUGGUUCCACAACUGCUUCAUACCGGAAGUCGAGUGCUACCUCCAGGGCAGAAAUCUUGCCUUCAAGGUUUUAUUAAUUUUGGAUAAUGCCCCAGUCCAUUGCUGUGAAGAACUCAAAAAUGCCCACCCCAACGUAGAAGUUCUUUUCAUGCCCCCAAACACUACGUCUCUCAUCCAACCCCUGGAUCAGGGUAUAAUAAAAGCUUUCAAGGCACACUACACCAGGGAGCUUUAUAGCAAGGCCUUCGAGGCUCUCAAGUCCAACACGGAGACUACCAUGUUGGACUAUUGGAAGUCAGUGACUCUACGCAACGUUAUUGAUUAUGUUGGGACAGCCUGGGACAGCAUCAAACAAGCUACUAUCAAUAGCUGUUGGAAAAAUGUUUGGCCGGACUGUGUGCAAGAUUUCGAAGGCUUUGAAGAUGUUACAGAAACUAUAAAGGACAGUGUCAAAAACAUAAUGCAUAUUGCACAUCAAAUAACUGGAGAAGGAUUUGAUGACAUGAAGGAGGAAGACGUGGAGGAAAUUCUGACAGAAAAGGCAGUAGAACCCACCAACGAAGACCUGGAUGAGAUGACAAAACAAGGCACUGGAGUCGGCAAUGACGAGGACGGUGAUGAAAGGCAGCCUAAGACUUCAAGAAUUGACCCUCUUACAGUGACUAAAAUAUCAGAAUGGAAUUCUGCCUUGGAAAGAAUUUUCAGUGACAUGGAAGAGUGUGACCCUAUGCUUGAUCGCAGCCUCAAAUUUAAGCGUCUCACCUCCAUGGCAUUUGCUCCUUAUGCCAAGAUGCUUAAAGAUUUGAGGCAAAAAGCCAAGCAGACAAGGCUGACCCAACUUUUUGAGCCAAUUUGGGAGGGAGAGUUGCCGACUCCGUCAACAAGUCAUGAGAGGCAAACUCCUGAGGUUGAACUGUCAAAUGUGGACAUGCUGCCCUCUUCCUCUUCUGCAAAAUAAAUUCCACCUGCCUCUUCCUUGGUUUUCAUGGGGCAAGCCAAGGUCAAGAGGUUUAACCACACUAUGUGCUGCACCAUCACACAUUCCGCCAUUCCAUCAACAGAAAACCGCAAGAUUGUUUCCCAAAGCAGCUGUGCCAUUUUACAUCCUCAGCAGCAAUGUAUGAAGAUUCCAAUUUCUGCACACCUUGCCAAUACUCUUGUCUCUUUGAUUAAAGCCAUCCUACUGGGUGUGAAGCCGCAUUUCAUCGUAUUUUCGAUUUGCACUUCCCUGUUCGGUAAUGAUGUUAAGCAUCUUUUCGUGUCUUUAUUGGCAGUGGUGUAUGUUCUUCGGAGAAUGUCUGUCCAGAUCCUUUGUCCAUUUUAAAAUCAGAUCAUUUUUCUUUUUAUGGUUGAGUCGUAAGGGUUCUUUGUAUGCUCUGAAUACCAGUCUUAUAAAACAUAGGCCUUGAAAAUAUUUCCUCCUGUUGUGUGCCAUCACUCUCUUGAUAGCAUCCUUUGAAGCAUAAAAUUUCUCAUUUUGAUGAAGUCCAAUAUAUCUUUUUCUCUUGGCCCUGGUACUUUUGGGCUUCUAUCCAAGAAGGCUUUGCCUAACUCAAUAUCACGAAAUUUAACGCCUGUUUUAAGUUUUAUAGUUUUAGUUUGUGCAUUUAGGUAUACGAUCCAUUUCAAUAGAUCUACCUUAUGGGAGGAGAAUAGAAAAACAGAUGUGAAAUUAGGACCCAAUAUUUGUAAGUUUAACAUGCUCAGCCUUUUCCCUUGGACAGGGUAGGUGGAACGUGCAGUGACAAACUGGGACAUAGUCUUUUUCCCCAUCACUGGGGUCCAAGUCUGGGGGAAAGAUGUGUUGGCGUUCUCUAGCAGACGUUUUCCUCCAGCAUCAUCUCAUUUCUCCCGGUCUUUUUACAGCUCACUAGCACUCCAUACAUUUGUUCAAAUUCACAAAGUUUCUAACCACUUUAAGGAUAACCAGGGUAGGCACUAUUUUCCAUUGUUUCAAAUAAUUUAAUGAAGAGGCCAACUCCAGCUCAAAGGCAUGUGUUGUUUGACCUGAAAAGCAUUUUACAUGGAUUCAAAUUUGUUGUAAGCACUUAAAAAUGGAGAUUUCAGAUAAUCUACAUUUCCAGCUUCACUUGAAAAACUGGAAAAUGGCUAUUUUGGGCUCAAAGUCCCACCAAGUGGAAAUAGGCUGGAACCAAGCAAUGGUUGGCCCCUUUAGACAGGGCUCUCCAGUUGGCCAGAGUGCAAAUUCCCUCAACUCCCUAUUAGAUUCCUGGUUCAUUAUUACUGUGUUGUAAUAAUGUUGCACUGGUUUAUGGGGUCCACUCUACCAUACUCAGCACCUUUGACCCCUCAUCUUACACAGUCUCUUUCUGUUGUCUAAUCUUGGGUUAUUGCCUUUUGAAAAUUGAAGAAAAGUUCCUCUUGCCUUGGGUCCUGGAUACAUACAAUCUUGGGGACUUCUGGCCCAACUCUGCAUGUGGGGUUCUCCUGGGGUGUUAGAAAUUGUUCUGUAGCUUGUUGUGAGUGGUAGCUACAUAAACGUAUGAAUAUGUAAAAAUUCAUCACGCUGUACCUUUUAAGAUGUGUGCACUUUACUGUAUAUUGUACCUCAAUAAAAAAUAAAGAGAAUGGAUGGGCAGUCUCCUGCCAGACAUUGUAUGUCUGUCUACAAUGCCUAGAACUACAUGGGUUAUCUAUCUUGUGACCAUGAUGUAAGACACCCAAACUGGACAAUUUGCUGAAAAUGGCAGAGCAGAACAAGACUUCUGUGGAGUCACCGAGAGUGCUAAACCAACAUCAGAGCUGCUCUUCAUGUGAACCCACUGUUGAAAAAAAUUUUUUCAUAUACUGUAUCAGCUUUCAGCUAUCCCAAUGUGGAAUCAGACAAAAAGCUUCUUGAUGGCAUGAUACAGCCCGAAAAGUGCAGUUAGUAGGACUCAAGUUCAUACGUGGAUACAGUUUGAUCACAUCUUUGAAUAAGAAUUUUACCAUAAAUUACUUAAGAAGUU